AGCUCCUCUCCAGUCUCAUCGCCGGCAAUGUCGGGCCGCGGCAAGGGAGGCAAGGGUCUAGGCAAGGGCGGCGCCAAGCGCCACCGCAAGGUCCUGCGCGACAACAUCCAGGGCAUCACCAAGCCGGCCAUCCGCCGCCUGGCCCGCCGUGGCGGCGUGAAGCGCAUCUCGGGUCUCAUCUACGAGGAGACCCGCGGCGUGCUCAAGAUCUUCCUCGAGAACGUCAUCCGCGACGCCGUCACCUACACCGAGCACGCCCGCCGCAAGACCGUCACCUCCAUGGACGUCGUCUACGCCCUCAAGCGCCAGGGCCGCACCCUCUACGGCUUCGGAGGCUGAGCCUCAAGAUCGCUCUAGCUGGGUCGGCGUGUCCCCAAGGGCUGUCUGUUGUUAGGGCUUCGGUUGCGUGCGUGAGUUGUUUGGAAGCGAUGGCGAUGCAGUCUGUGAUUGAAUUUGUUGCAUAUG